AUGAAGCGGGCUGCUCGACGAUUGGUGCCUCUGGCCUCGUGGACCGAGUCAUCGCAUGCUGCAGCGGCUGCGACGACUGCCGCCCUCGCUCGACGCCACCUCUCGGUCGCAGCCGGUGCGAACCUGCUCAACACGGCGCCGUCCUCGUCCUCGUCCUCGUCUACGUCACACCAUCAGCAGUUCACCUCGUCAAGCACCUGGACCGAUAGUUGGAGCCGCAACAUGUUCUCACUUGCCUCCCACUCGACCCUCAACUCUAACGCCAGUUCGUCGCAGGCGCAGCAGCCGGUCAACGCACAAGCCCGACCCGAACCAACCGCGGCGCCGACAACGACCACCGCCCGCGACCUGCUGCACGAGAUCCAGCUCGACACGCCCAACCCGGACAGGGUCUGGCCACUGUUCCGCCAGCUCGAGGCGGAGGGGCAGACAUAUCUCCUCCCGCUGCAGGAGCUGCACCGACUGCUGUGGGCGAUCGAAGUGCCGCGACGAGCCAAAUCCGCGCCUCCGCUCUCGGUGCACGAAGCGACCCAACUCGCCAACGCCUACUCGAGCCAGGUGCAGCUCAUCAGGAUGAGGAUCGCCCAGCGUGACCCCGAGGCCAAGAUGCUCAAGGGCGACUUUGUCUCCAUGGCGACCGCGUACCAGAUGCUCAACUAUGCCCCGGGGGCGAUGCGUGUCUGGGACGAGUCGAUCGAGUCCGGACUCAGGUUCAGGCCAUUGCACUACAAACGCAUCUUCGAGACCAUGCUCGGCUGGAUCGAUAUGCACGAGGUCGACGGAGGUAAGAGACUCGCCCGUACCGCAGCGCAACCGCUCGUGCCCAAGGCGAUGGAGAUGCUCGCAGAGCUGGUCGAUAAUCCGAAGUGGACCGACGCCUGCCUCGCACCCUUUUUGCGCAUUUGCAUCCGAGGCGGCAACUCGCACGUCUUUUUCUCGACCAUCAAAGCCGUCUAUGGCUUUGACAUCGACAUGCCCGGCGCGCCGAUCGAGUUUGCACCGGGGCGAAGACCGAUCGGGCAGGAGCAAGUUGCGCUCAUCCUCGAGAUGCUGUUGGAGAGCAGAGACCUCUCUUCCAUGAUGGCCGUCUUUGAAUCCUUCGACGAUCCUUUACCGGUGCCAUCGCUGCCGGACCAGGGUAUGGAGGACGGCUCCUUUGUCGGGUUCUUCGCCAACUCGUUCUCGUUCGGGAGAAAACCGACACCGGCGGUCAGCGUUCCACCCGAACACACAGCAGAUGCGAAACCACCCGUCGUUCCCGUGCCGCAUCCCAUUGGGCCGCAUGCUUUUGCCUUCGUAAUCGAGCUCGCAGGACAAGUCGGCAAUGGUGCCAUCAUGCGACACUACUUUUAUCAGCUGUACAAGCGGUGGUCCCUGAUCGUCGACGCCCAGCUCAAAGAAUUGGAGCAGGUCAUCACGCCGGAGCAGAGUGAGUGCUCGAAAUGAAUACGAGUUGCGCAGGCAUAUCCUGACAAAGUUAUCUUUGGAACAGCCCUGUCCGAAUCAAAUUCUACAGCAACUCCAUCGUCCUCGUCGCAACUCUCAAUCAAGUUGCCGUUGACGGCCGAUUCGAGACGCUACACCAUCCCCUGGGCGAUCCUGCAGUCCAUGGUGCGCCACGCGCGCCAAAGCUACGAUCACGUCACCCUACGCUUCCUACGCAAACGAUCGAUUCGAGUACUACAACUCAUGGACGCGCAAUCGACGCGCUUGACGACCUUGCUCCAAUCGACCAAAUUGCGCGAAGACGUCGAUGCGGCGCUUUACCAACGCGUCGCGCAUCAAAUCGAUCGACUCGAUGCAGAGAGGAAGCGCAUGCUCGCCAUGCUCGAACUCGUCAAACUCGACUCCAACACUUACACGACCUAUUGGGACGUACGGAGAAAGGAGACCCGGUUGUCGAAGCGGAUGAGGCAGUUACAUGAUCAUACGCACAAUUCGGGCGAUCAAUCGGCGGGACCCCGCGCGAAUAAGUCACAGAGGGCCAAGGAAUUGGGGGCGAUGAGGAGUCGAGUCAGGAGGAAGCAGAGUCAGGUCUUGUUGGCGAGGAUCUUGCUCGUCAAGCAUCGGUUGAGGAGGUUGACGUAUUUGGGCAAACGGAGAGGAAACAAGGAGGUGGAUGAGUGGUUCGAAGAGUUGGGCAAGUUGACUCGCAAGAGGGAUGGCGGAGGCAUGGGGAUUUCAAUGCCGUCUGAUGCAGUCGCAGCAGACACGACGCAGACCCCUCUGAAUGAAGGCACAGCUACGGUAUGA